AUGGGGAGCAAUCAGAUCGAAAGUUACAACUCUAAGAUGACAGCUUAUGUCUUCGCCUGUUGGAUUCUUGCUGCCUUUGGUGGCCUUAUGUUUGGUUAUGACAUUGGAAUUUCAGGUGGUGUGACGUCCAUGGACGAUUUCUUGAUCAAGUUUUUCCCAAACGUGCACGAGCGCAAAAUGCACGCAUACGAAGACAACUACUGUAAAUACGACGAUCACAUGCUUCAGCUAUUCACUUCAUCUCUCUACUUAGCAGCACUUGUGGCCAGCUUCUUCGCAUCAAAGGCAUGUACAGUUUUGGGCAGACGCCCAACAAUUACAAUGGCGUCAAGCUUUUUCAUUCUGGGCGCCAUUUUGUGCGGCCUGGCCGAGCACAAGUGGAUGCUCAUCGUCGGCCGCAUUCUGUUCGGCAUUGGUGUCGGUUUCGGAAAUGAAGCGGUUCCAUUGUUUUUGACGGAAAUCGCGCCAAUCCAGCACAGAGGUGGGGUCAAUAUCCUCUUCCAACAAUUCGUCACAAUUGGCAUUUUCAUAGCUAAUCUCAUAAACUAUGCCACAUCAAAUAUUCACCCGAACGGCUGGCGAAUCUCGUUGGGGCUUGCGGCAGUCCCAGGAGCCGUACUCUUUGUCGGGUCACUAAUCAUAACCGAGACCCCCGCCAGCCUGGCACAACGAGGCAGGGAAGACGAGGCCAAGGCUGCCUUAAAGAAGGUGAGAGGAGUGGAUGACGUGGAGGCAGAGUUCCAACUGAUUGUGGCGGCCAACGAGCAAGGAAAGCUGGUCAAACACCCGUUUAGGAAGCUGUUCAAGAGAUCGGCUAUACCGGCUUUGAUUGUGUCCAAUGCCAUUCAGAUGUUCCAGCAGUUCACUGGGAUUAAUGCAAUCAUGUUCUACGCGCCUGUUCUGUUCCAGACGUUGGGCUUCGGUGCAGAUGCCUCGUUGCUGUCGUCUGUUAUCACGGGUUUGGUUAAUGUCUUCUCGACUUUUGUCUCGGUUUUCGCGGUGGAUAAGGUUGGGAGGAGAAAGUUGCUUCUCCAGGCUUGUGUCCAGAUGUUCAUUUCACAGGUUGCGAUUGGUGGGAUUCUUCUAGUCCACCUAAAGCCGACUGGGUCACUAGACAAGUUCAUGGCCGGCAUUGUGGUGGUGCUCGUUUGCACGUACGUGAUGUCAUUUGCGUGGUCGUGGGGCCCAAUGGGUUGGCUAAUCCCCAGCGAGAUCUACCCAAUCGAAACCCGAACAGCAGGGUUUGCAGUGGCCGUGAGCUCCAACAUGAUAUUUACGUUCAUAAUAGCGCAGGCAUUCCUGUCGAUGAUGUGUCACAUGAAGGCCUACAUUUUCUUCUUCUUUGCGGCGUGGAUUGUGGUGAUGGGCUUGUUUGUGCUGUUUCUAUUGCCAGAGACGAAAGGCGUCCCAAUCGAGCUUGUUGAGGAGAGGCUCUGGAAAAAGCAUCCCGUUUGGAAGAGAGCAGCCGAGAUCGUGUGGGUGGGAGUCGAGCUUCACUAUAGAUGGCUCGACGUGGACCUCCGUGAGACGAGGCUUCGAGGAAAGAGCCCGAAAAAUGUAAUCUCGGAGCUUUUCGAGACUGCCAAGCAGAAGUUUGUGGAGUUGAGGAAAAAGGACCCAAUUGGAUGUUUGAGGUACAAUCCUGCGAGAUGGCCUGUUAAGGCUUUGGCGCAAACGCAAUGUACAGAGUGUGUGAGACCCUUUUGCUGGACCAGUUGGACGUAG